AUGUCUACCCCAUCGGCAAUGUUCGACAUGGCGCAAGGUCGUCGCGACCUGGCCGCCCUACCCUCCGACUGGCAGCAAAACAUCAGAGAAGCUUGGGAAGUCGUCGACCAACAAGGCCUCGGUUCCCUCAACGCGCGCGAGUGGCCCUUUGCCCUCCGCGCCAUCGGCUUCGACCUGGCCCGUACAGAGACCUACGCCCUCCUCCUGGCCCACGGCGUCCCGCCGCACGACCACGACCCCUCGCGGGGCCCCUGCAGCCCGUCCCGCCUGCGCAUGCCGCAGGAGCACUUCUCCGCCAUCGCGGCGUGGCUGCUGAUGCGCCGCGACCCGCAGGAGGAGGCCGAGGAUGCGUGGAAGAUGUUUGACCCCCGCGGCACGGGGCGGGUCACGCUCGAGAGCUUGAGAGCGGUGUGCGGCGAGGUCAAUUCUACGCUGAGCGAGGCGGAUAUGAGGAGGAUGAUCGACAUGGCGGAUAUCUCGGGCAAGGGGUGGGUUAGUAAGGAGGAGUUUAUUGAGGUUGCCAAGGGCGGGUUUGGACGUGGUUGA